AUGCACUGCGAGUUCCAAGACUUAGACGAUGCCCUGAUGGAUCGAAUUGUCUGUGGGGUCCGGGACAUCCGUCUGCAACGGCGUCUCCUCGCCAGGCCAGACCUCACGCUGCAGAAAGCCAUUGAGGAGGCCGUGGCCUUGGAAGCUGCUGAACGCUCCGCCCAGGAGAUCCGCAAGGCCAGCAGCCCGCGUCUUGCUAGGAAGCCAGUUCCAGUGCAUCACGAAGAGGCCAGCAGUGAUGAGGCAUUCUCCAGUGAAGACGAUGACGUGCACCAGACAAAGCGGGAGCGCAGGAAGUUCCAACAGAAGUCCAAGGGCCAAUCGGAAUGUGCCGGCUGCAGAGGCAACCAUUCCCGUGCCAAGUGUCAAUUCAGAGAUGCCAUCUGUCGGAAAUGUUCCAGAAGGGGCCACAUCACUAAGGUCUGCCAAUCGGCUCCGUCCGACACCUCCCCCACGACUCGCAAGUCCAAGUCUUCACUCCAGUCCGCCAAGGAAAGCUGUUUCGCUCUCACCAACUGCUACUGCCCAUCUGGAACCAGGAUUGGCCAAACCGACUCGCCUACUCGACGCAAGCUGAACGUCACAGUGCUCAUUGAAGGAGCUCCAUGUGACAUGGAGAUCGACAGCAGGUCUGCCCUGUCCAUCGUGUCUUGGAGCACCAUCAAAAGACUGGUACCCCAAGUGUCUAAAAGGCAACUUGACUCUCACCGCGUACACCUGAGAGACUACCAGGGAAAUGACAUUCCCGUGGUAGGCAUUGGCCGGUUCCAGAUCGCCUUCAAGGAUUUUUCAGGCCUGCUCCGACUGGUGGUGGUCGAAGAUCAGCAGCCAAGCCUCCUAGGGCUAGACUGGUUUGAUGCCCUCAGCCUGGAAGUCACCGGCAUCAACUGCAUCUCUAACACAGAGACUGAGGGUCUGGUCAAAGACUUUGCUGAGGUUUUGACGGCACUUUAG